AACUUGGGUAAAUGCUCAUACAGGUCACCAAAUUGAAAAAGUAGAUAAGUUAGCUAAAGAUGCUACAAUAAACGGCAAAGGAUCGAAAUUCAAACUCCAUUUCACAGAAUUAUAUGGCUUGCGAAAAGAGAAAUACUGUGAAAAUUGGCAAAACCAAUAUGAAUGCAAUGACAAAGUUAGAUUUUAUAAAAGAAUACAACCUAGUUUUGGGACAUGUUCAAGGCGGAAGAAGUGACAAAACAUACGGUUAGAGUUAUAUGUGGAUUAUGAGCAAACUAUGUAAUACAUAAAAUUAAUAGAGGGAGGACAGACCUAUGUGACUAAUGUGCGAUGAUGGAAUCGUGCGAAUACCUAAUAAUGGAGUACGUCAAAUAUGCUGGAGAAAGGAAAACGAUGAUUGAAUCUAUAAUGAAAUUUUGGAAGCUUCCACUCAGUAUAAGUCAAUUUUGGAAUCAGGAUACCAAGAGAACGGUGAAAAUGACGAGAAAACUUUACAUUCUCAAAUACUUGCUGAACCAUUUUUCAUCUUUACUUAGUCCGAGGACAUCCAUUAUUCACCGUGAGAUUAGGUGGACCGGAAAGUACCAUACCAACCUAACUGUCAUCAUCCCUUCGAUUUGCCCAAUAAUCAACCUCACUUAUUUCAUUAGACACUCUUGUAUACAUCAAACUUUCAAUUGGAAAAAUAUGUCACCAAAUUAACUGCGGAUAUAUCUAUCCCAAGAAUUCUUUUGCUAUGCCUUUUCUUUACCAUAAGUCAUCUGGUCAUUCCUCGUAUUCCUUCACUCGGUAGAUACCAUUGUAGGGUUUUUCAUUGCACAAAUGGUACAAUGAAAAAUGCCUCUAAAUACAUCGAAAAAAGGCGGACCUAGUCCAUUUAAUUAGACCACAGGCUAACUAAUUCAAUUACGUGCACUAAAAAUACGGUUUUGCCAGUUCCUUCAGCUGAAGAAAGCAGUAGGUCAAGUUGAAUCAGUCGCCACCUUCACAGAGCCGGUAUCUCUCAACCUAAUUAAUAGGUAACUCACUAGCCCGGAUAUAUUUUUAAUCCCUGCCAUUAUCUCAUUAAUUGAAUCAUAAUUAAACAUCUUACACAAUCUUUCAUGCACUAUGCAGGUUAACAAAGCAUUAAAUGGAAUCGAGUUCGACAAAGGAACGUCAAUUGAUUAUUGGUUGUUCUUCGGGGUCGGCAAAGAUAUCACCAACGAUAACAUCGCCAGCCCAACCGGCUUCGAGGUAUGGCCGUCCACGAGCAGACUGACAGGUACAGCAGGCUGGGGAACAUGAACUUGUCUUCUACAUCGAUGAGACCUUUGAUAAGACGGAAAAGACUAACGGGAGGGAUAGAGACGUUUCCAAACGAAGCGAUGAUGGUCGGUAGCUUGCAAAGAAAAUUAGACCGGACGCACUUUUGCGGGGUGACUCUUAUAACAAUGAAGCACGGGGUCACUGCUUGUAGUUGCGCCAUAUUCGGUUUGCCGACAGAUGCGGAUUUACCUCAAGGCACUGAUUUCGUCGUCAUGGCCGGAGAUAAGCAGUGGAAUACUAAAGACAAGACACGUAUCAGAGAUGUGAAAUCGUUCUGGAGAGAUUAUCGGUGCAGAAUGGAUGAAGACGCCGGCAUAUGGAAAUUUGGCAUCGGGUAUUUCGAGUUGUCGUUGCCUUUUCCAUCAGCCGGCGGACCCGAAUAUGCGUCUGGGAUCCCCACAACUCAAGCCGAAUACGAAAAGGCUUUCAAAAAGUAUUACGAAAACGUCAAAUUUUCGCAAGGGAGCGUAACAGAUUAUUGCUACACCUACGGAUGGGGGGCCAAGAAGUACGACGUCAAAUCGGGGGAUCCAACAAUAUUUCCUCCGGCUUUGAACAAAAGAGCGAUGCAGUUUUUAUCGAUGAAGGACUGUCAGGACAGACUGUGCAGCCAUGGGUUUUGCUCCUUCAAAAUUGAAAAGAUUGGCGCAGUCUGCCUCGGAGUACCGGAUAACAGUAACGGUGGCGUGUGCAAAGGCGAUGCCGGCAAUCCUCUGAUGUGCGGAAAUAAAUUUUUUGGUGUCGGCGAAGAAGCGCCCGAUUGCGGAAAUAUUCUCAGAUUUGCCAUCUUUUACAAACUGGAUAUUAGUGUUAUUCAAACUUUGAAAAAUGGCGCCGCUCCUAGUCCUUUUUCUCACCGCACUCGCACUCAGUGGUUCAUGAUUGGUUUAACUCUCGUCACAUAUGUAACAGUGUAAGAUUGUGCAACCAAAUUUCGUAUUAAAAUAAAACACGUUAUAACAUAUGUAUGUAAAUA